GCAGGACGUUGAUCGUACGCAAAAUUGAUGAGAUAAGAGAAAAUUCUAGAAGCAAAAGUAUUUCUCUCUCUUAAGCCAGGCCUCUAAUAAUUUACAAAGCAACCAUCUUUCUCUUCCUCACCUGUCUUUAGAUUCCAAAAGUCUUCUCUUGGUUUUGUGCUCCUCUCUCUAUAUCCUUUGUGUGUGCUUAUAGAUCUGCUCUUUUCCUCAUCUGGGUUGUUUUUCUUUGGCUGUUUUGGUUGCUCUUCAGCGACUCAGUCCAGAUUUGAUUUUUGGGUUCUGAUUCGAUGGCUUCCAAACGCAUCUUGAAAGAGCUCAAGGACUUGCAGAAAGAUCCGCCUACGUCUUGCAGUGCUGGUCCAGUAGCUGAGGACAUGUUCCAUUGGCAAGCGACUAUUAUGGGACCUGCUGAUAGCCCAUAUGCAGGAGGUGUCUUUUUAGUUUCUAUUCAUUUCCCUCCUGAUUAUCCUUUCAAGCCCCCCAAGGUUGCCUUCAGGACAAAAGUCUUCCACCCAAACAUUAACAGCAAUGGAAGCAUAUGUCUGGAUAUUCUUAAAGAGCAGUGGAGCCCUGCACUAACCAUUUCCAAGGUGCUGCUAUCUAUAUGCUCUCUGUUGACCGACCCAAAUCCCGAUGAUCCUCUUGUGCCUGAAAUCGCUCACAUGUACAAGACUGACAGGGCAAAGUAUGAGGCCACUGCCCGUAGCUGGACGCAGAAGUAUGCGAUGGGUUGAUGCAAUGAUGCAGAAGAAUCUAUUUAGCAAGUUUUAAAGAUUUCGUUAUCCAAUGGUUCACAUAUUGUUAGGUGAAAGGAUGGAGGUAUUCGAACUUCAAAUUGUCUUUUUCUUUCUGGCUUUUAAAUGCAGAGAUUUGGGAAGAAACUGGUCUGCUAGUCUGUGAAUAUCUAUUUGAAGGCAUUAAAGGGGGGGUUGCAUGUAAUGUAAUGCUGCUGUUGUUGUUAGAACUGGUAGCUUGUUUCUUUGCAUUCCAUGCUCGUAUUUGAAUGCUAAAAGUGUUAAUCCUGAUAUACUUUGCC